AUGUCUUCAAGAGGUGGAAGUAGACAGGGGGGAGUAGAAGAUGAAGGGGGGGGAUCUCAUGGGGGGGGGAACAGGUCCUCUGAUGAGGAAUUCCUAGCCUUUUACGGCGAUGAAAGGUCUGGGGAAGAUAAUAUUUUGGAGGAAGUUAGGAAUGAGGGGGGGAGUUGUGAGAAGGAGAAACAGGUUAGGGGGAAAAGGAGUUGUGGUCCUCAGAGGGGUUCUGCCCGAGCGGGCAUAUCUGUCGAGGAGCUUUUGGGGACGGAGUCAAUACCGUCCAUGUCGGAGUCGGAGAUCGUUGCGAGUAAGCGACUUUUCUCGGAGCUUUCAGGCUCCGACACGGAGGAGAUUGGUGUAGGGUCUGACAGGACCGUCAAGGCCCAGACGGCCAAACGAGGGAAGACUCGGGGUUCGACGAGCAGAUUAUCUGCUGCUCGUCAAGAACUCCGAGAAAGAACCAAGGAGGCUAAGGAGGCAGACUUUAUUGCCUCUUUAGAGAAGAGGUCUUUUAGAAAGGAGGUGACGGUGUUGGACAAUCCCACACCGCCAGGCCCUCUGGACCUUGAUGUAGAGGUAAUGGGACCGGAGGACUUGUUGCGUGCUGGUGAGAGUAAUCUCCAAGAGAUUCUUGCCAUUGCCAACAAGUCCACCAACCUCAAAGGUGGCUACGCCAACAAAAUUAAGCGGGCUACCUCCACUUUGAGGGUUGUUUUAGACGCGCUUGGGGCGCGUACCGAAGCAGAGGAGACUCGCCGUCUCAAAGCCGAUAAUAAUCGGCUCCAACGAGAACUGGCGAAUCUCCGCGAGGAAGUACGCGCUUACAAGCGCGAGUUUGAGGAGAGCCGUACCGAAGCAGUAAAGGCGAAGAGUUCUCCGAUGUCCAGCGAACAGCUGGGCAUUUUGGAGAGGAAUAUUGCCCGACUGGUGGGCAGUUUAGUUGACAGGCGUCUGGCGGGUCUAGAGGAGCGCUUGCCUCCUCUGGCUCCCAUUCGCCCGCCCCUGGCUGCAGAUAAAAAGAGGGCGGCCCAAGCCCAAGAAAAGAGGGAGGUCAGUCUGGCACCAGUUGCCUCACAGGCCCGCGAUGCCUCACCGGUGAUGCCGUCAAACGUGACUCGCCGUGUGGUUCGGGAGGAUUUUCCGGCGCUUCCUGUGCGCCCAGAGGUUCGUUCGGCCCCUGCUCCAGCUAAGCCCAAAAAGAGUAAGGCUAAGGGGUCGAAGAAAUCGAAUUCCGGAGAACCAAUGGACGCUGGCCCUUCUUCUUCGUCGGAGAGCGCCGUUGCUGCAGCGAGUGCCUCGAAAGAGGCACCCACAACAACCGCUACGGCAUCGGAGCAGCCUGCGGCAGGGUGGACUGAGGUGGUGCGCCGAAAAGCGCCCAAGAAGAAGGCACCUGAGCCUGUAAAACCGGCAGUGAAGAAGCCCAAGGUCGUGAUGCCGCGCUCCACAGCCGUAGUAGUAAAGCUGAAGCCGGAAGCGGUCAGCAGCGGUGUGACAUACAGCUCCGUCUUGCAGAAGGCGGAGCUGUCAAUCAACCUGGAUGACCUUGGGAUUGGACCCCUUCGCAUUAGGCAGGCGGCUACGGGAGCCAGGGUCAUUGAGAUCCCUGGCUCCACCAGUCAUGAUAAGGCGGAUACCUUGGCGGCUCGCCUGUCGGAGGUACUUGCUGGCGAGGUAGAUGUUUCAAGGCCCGUGAAAUGUGCUGAUUUCAAAAUCACGGGCCUCUCAGAUGCUGCGACCGCAGAAUCGGUAAAGUCUGCGGUCGCCAGAGAAGGUGGUUGUUCCCCCGCUCAAAUUUGGGUGGGAGAAAUUCAGCGGGGGUUAGUUGGCACUGGCUUUGCUCGAAUGAGCUGCCCAGUGACGGCUGCUAAAAAAUUGGUGUCACUGGGCAGCAUUGCUGUAGGGUGGAGCAAAGUUACGCUCCACCUUGUCAAUGCAUGCCCCAAGCAUUGCUUCCGGUGCUUGGGGUUGGGUCAUUUCGCUGCGUUAUGCCCCCCCUCGAUGAAAGACCGUAGCAACUUAUGCUAUCGCUGCGGUCAGCCUGGGCAUAACGCAUCAGGAUGUCAGGUGACCAAACUCAAAUGUGCGGUCUGCUCGGAUGCAGGCCGCCCAGCGGAACACGUGAUGGGGGGUAGGUCUUGUAACCCCCCACCCGUUCGUGGUAAACUCCCCAACACCCCCAGGGGAGUGGCGUCGCCUGAGGCCCAAAUGUCCGAGUAA